AUGGAUCUGACCCAGGACCAGCCUUUGGGGUGGAACCCACUUGAAUCCAGCUUCUCACCACUGCAGCAGGAAAAACUCAGCCACACCUUCAGUUUCCGCAGCACUCUGAUGUUACCAUCCACUUUUGACUCCUCUACUGCUCCUCUCGAUCAGCCUCUGCCCUCUCUCCUCCCCUCUUCUCGUCCUCCUUACUCGUCCCUUUUCUCCCUCCCUGUACUAUCCACCACCUCCUCGUCUGACUUCAAUGCUCCAAUGAGCUCCUCUUUUCUUCUGUCCUUCUCCAACAUCUCGUUCAAUGAUCUGGCAGACCUGGAGAACAUGCUGCUGUGGACCCUCCAUGAACCCAGCACCAUUGCUCUGACCAUCAUGUACAGUCUGUCUUUCAUCCUGGGAUUUAUCGGGAAUCUAAUGGCCCUGAGGGUCCUCACCAGCAGACGCAGUCGACGGCUUGCUGGAGUCAGUGCCACACGCAGUCUCCUGGUCAACCUGGCAGUUUGUGACUUGGCAGUGGUGUGCGUGUGCAUGCCCAUCACUCUGGGGAAUCAAAUCUACACCGCCUGGGUCUACGGUGACCUCUUGUGUCGGGCCGUGCCCUUUACGCAGGCCGUUUCAGUCUCAGCAAGUGUGCUGACGCUGACUGUGAUCAGUGUGAAUCGUUACUACAGCGUUCGAUCUCCGCUCAGAGCUCGCUCCAUGUUUACUCGCCGGCGGAUUUUGGUGACCAUUGCCGUUGUGUGGACCGUGUCCUUCACGAUGUGUGCGCCGAUAGCGGUGAUGAAUCGGAGACAAGAAAUCAGCUUUGAGACUUUCACCAUUCUGGUUUGUCAGGAGGAGUGGCCUCAGCAUCGCCUUAAGCAGGGAUACAACGUCUUGCUGUUUGUGAUGCUCUACUGUUUGCCCGUGACAUUUAACCUCACCAUCAGCUUCCUGACCGGCAGACGACUUUGGGGAGGGAAGAAAUCCACCUUUGCUGAUCUCGACCCCCGGAGCCAAGCUCUUCACACCUCACGCCUAAAGACAAGGCAGAAGAUUGCAAAGAUGGUGGUAUGUCUGGUGCUCCUAUUUGCGGUCUCCUGGCUGCCCCUCUACCUGGUAGACCUUUGGAUUGACUGCCAGCACCAGCCGUCGUCUUGGCUCCUGCAGACUCGGCCUUUUGCACAGUGGCUGGGCCUGACCAACUCCAGCCUUAACCCCAUCUGUUACUGUUUCAUUGGAGAUCUGUAUCGCUCAGCAAAGGUCAUACGGACUCGAUACUACCAAAAAGUUGCUGCUCUUUUUAGCACCUCCUCGUUCUCCAGCUCGGCCGCAGUGGUUUCUCCUGCUGCCAUCAUUACAGAAACCAAAGGGAUUUCAGCUGAGCGUCACCGUAUCGCAGCAGCCAUGGCUGCUUCUGCUUCAGUGGUUACCAUCCCAAGACUGCUGGGUUUAGCCAGUGUCCAGGGACAGAAGGUCAGGGACAGUUCAGACAGCGAAAUUGGAUCGGACCACAAAUUGAACCUGUGGAAAUAG